CGGGUUCCAAAAACCGCAUCAUCGCUUCCAACAGCACAGGGCAGUAAAGUUAAUGAGCUAGUCGUAGGAAUUGUGUCCCACAGCGCGAAGAAAACGCGGCAUAAAACACACACUAACCAUGCCGCUAUUCACAAGAUUGUGUGCAAUAGUAUUUACAGUUCUAGUAUGCAAACAUGUCGUGCAAUCGGAAAAAGCGCAUAGCAAGUAUUCCAAGCACGCAAACGCACUGCCCGACUCGGAAAUAUACGAGCCGGAUUUCCGAAACAUUCAACGACCAUUCCGCAUGGCAAAGCUAAACCUGGUGUGGACCAAGGCCCAACAUCGGCUCACCGAACCGAAGCUCAAGUCGCUGUACACCGAGCUGAAGCUGCACGAUAAGGAGGAACUAACGUACAAACAGCUGAAGGAGAAAGAUAAGGACGGGCUGAAGGAAGCCGAGCUGCGCAAUAAGCUGGUCAGCAUCAUGAGCACGUACGGGCUGCUGGAACAUUUCGACGAUACGCAGGAUCCGGAAAAGUACAAGCUGGCCAAAUCGUCCGACGGGGCGCCGAAGAAGGACACGUACAAAAACAAGAGCCUCUUCAAGGACAAAAAGCUGAACAAGCUGUGGGAUAAGGCCGAGUCGGCCGGCUUCACGAAGGAGGAGCUAGACGCGCUGCGCGAAGAGUUCGAUCACCAUCAGGCGAAGAUCGAUGUUUACUACAGUUUGCUGGAGCGGCUGGGCGAUGAUGAUGAUGGCGGUGCCGCUGGACAGGGAAGCCGCCGCGACGAUGAUGCGCUGCUGAACGCAGUCAACGACGAGGAGCAUGAUCGGUACAAUGAGGUCGAUCGGGCGGAGGAGACGGAUCGUUCGCAGCCGGGCGCCAACAAGCAGCACGCCUAUCUGCACAAAUCGAACCAGCUGCGCGAAAAGCACCGGGAGAUUCGGGACAACUUCGAUCGGUUGGACCGGAUCGCCUCGAAGGGACCGAAGAGCCAGGAUUUUGUCGAACCGAAGGUGCAGGGCCUGUGGCGGGUCGCGCUCGCCAGUGACUUUAGUGCGGACGAGCUGGCCUCACUGAAGGUGGAGCUGUUGCACUACGAAAGUCGCCUGCUCAAGCUGCGCCACAUGCACGCGGAGCAUGCGCUAAGCCUCGAGAAGCACAAGCACAGCGAUGCCAAAGCGGACACGCACAAGCUGAUGGAGGAUAACAUCAAGAAGCAAACGCGCAAGGUGGAGAAAAUGCAGGAGGAGGUCGAGCGACGCAUUUUCAAACACUCGAGCUGUGAGAACCUCCUACCCGCAACAGACAGUGGAGAGGGGGGGGGAGCGACUUGAUGCACAUUACAACGCGUCAUCUCUCCAUGCAUGAGCAAUACUAAGAUAUUUUUGCAAUUUGAUUCGGCAGUGCCACAAAUAUGAUCGAAAUGCAAUAGUUCUCGAAUAGACUGUAAGCGAUAGGGCAACGGACGGGGGCUAAUGAAUCAUCUGAAAUUUCUUCCACCAAAAGUAAAUAAGGUAGCUGCCAUUUCAUCAUCAUAUUUUUUUCUAUUCUACUAAUUGUAAAAGAAAUGAAUAAAAAAUUUAUAGUAAAAUCAAG